AGCCCAAAGCCCGAGUCCUUCUACGCCCCUAACGCCGCUCUGCUCUACAGCCACGCCCAGGUCAUUCCCUCCGCCCCGCCGCCUGGUGCCACCGCCCUGGGAUCCACCACCUUGCCCUUUGCAUCUUCUCCCGCCGUCGGCGUCCCCUGCCGCCUCCCGCCCAUCCUCCAGGUCGAGAAGCAGCAGGUCACCACCACUGCCACCCAGGUCGCCAGCGCCAGCAGGAGGAGGAACGAGGCCCAUUUCGUUUGCCCUGUGCCCGGGUGCGGGAGCACCUUCACGAGGCGCUUCAAUCUCAGAGGUCACCUUCGUUCUCACACGGAAGAACGCCCUUAUGUGUGUGAGUGGCCCGGCUGCAACAAAGGCUUCGCCCGUCAGCAUGAUUGCAAGCGCCACCAAGCUCUGCAUCAGUCCAAAUCACAGACCAACGCUUGUUUGGGAUGCGGUAAGAACUUCAGCAGGCUCGACGCACUGAACAGACAUCGUACGUUUUGAUCUCCUUUGGACACAGUCCAGGACCCUGCUCACCGUGCCUUCGCUCUGCAGUCCGCUCCGAGGGAGGCUCCGAAUGCCGCCAAGCGGCCGAAGCCCAGAGCAUGGACGUGUCUAGCCCGAGCGGUACAAUCUCAUCUACGAGCGGCAGCAGCGCGCCCCCCUUGAGUGCAGACUCGGCGGACACACCGCAGAGCAGCGUCGUUGAGGUCGAGGCCGGAAGCAGUCCAUCCUCUGCUGGAGGAUCCGACUGACGACCGUUCGGAUCUAUCCUCCCCUGGCUCAUCCACCAUUUUUUUUUAUCUAAAUGCAUCCGUCUCCAAUUCUCCACACAGACACGCACACACGUCGUCGUCUCGUAUGAUUGAAAUUGGCCUUCCUCUUGUGUUCUGUGCCCUCCCUCGUCUGGUAUUCUUGUAUUGCGUUCUGCCUGCUAUAAAUGAUCCGUUUCUGU